UAGUUCUAGACGGGAAUUUGCUGCGUUGUGUUGUGUCGUGGAAACGAAAAAGUGCCUGCCGGAAAGUCUCCGUUUUAAGGAAAGUAGUAGGUGUGAAACAGUGUGCUCGAUAAGUCUUGAGUGAAUUAAAAGUGUUGUUAUAUUACCUCUGGUUUCACAGUGAAGAGUGAUUACGUAUUCUCGAAGAUUCCUACAUCCGAGUGCCACUGUAGCCGAUUGUUUGAAAGUAAACGUCAAAACUGUGAAAAUCUACCUGUUUUUGCAGGACUAUCUGAGGAAGUUUCAGUAGAAAGGAACAUGCUUUGUUGGAUGACAAUAAUGAGUGAUUAUGCACAAGUGUCUGGGGUAGCCUGUGUCAGGUUUUCGACAUGACCUAAAUGGCCAAUGAGUUGUAGAGCUGGAUGGCCAAUAUCUCCAAUGAAACUGAAAUAUUUCUUGCUGUUCUCAUUGUAUUUCCAUGUUAAGUGUGAGAAUGAUGAUUCUGGGGUCAAGUGUCACUGCUGCUAAUGCUGGCACCCAUGUACGUGACCCAGAAUACUGUUUCAGCUGUAUGUAGCUGUGUAAGUUUGAAGAGAUGUGGAAUUUCAUGGGGGAGCAGUUGGUGAUAUGCAUAUAGCUACAUAGAAUCAAACUAUACAAUUUAUUUGUGCAUAUUCAGUGUACACACUAGUGCCUUAAUUUUUCGUGAGAGUAAACCAUUGGUUUUCCCAGCUGAAGCUCAGAUCUCUCCCUAUGAUAAGGAACAGUAGAAGACUGCAGGUCUAAGUAUGUGUUGCCUUACAGGACGAUAAAACUUCACCAAAAAUGUCCGAGUCACGACAAGGCCCAGAUUCUCGAACCUCUGAUGGGCUUUCAUUCGAGGACCUGGAAGUUAUGAUAGCCCCUUCACCCCUACCCAGGAAUAAGGACAGGUUAGGAAACAACAGUCCAACUCCAGCCCCAAGGACAGUCCGUGAGAACUUGAAAGACAAAGAUGGAGAUGAUGUGGGCAAGCCUCGUUUGAGGCGUCAGCGUGCAAAUUCUCACACCAUCACAAACGAAAAAGAAUUCAGUGAUCUAUGUGCACCGGAUCUUGUCCCCUGCAGUAGGAAGCGUGACUCCUCGUCCUCCUCUACCUCUUCUGUACAGCCUGACAUUCGAAAACCCAUAACAGCCUGGCAGAGUGUAGAUGGUUUAGAUGAUGAUGCUACAUGUCCAAGAUGUCAUCCCAAAGUGAUCGAAAAAGAGCCCAUUCACAAACCUCUGACCCCUUGGAAAAGCUGCUCAGACCUUCAGCCAUAUAAAAGUGGUGGUGUGGGUGGCUAUGGGUCACCAGCUAGAAACAUUUCCGUUGAGGAACGAGUAUCAACAUCAGACAGAAGGAAGUCUGUCAGUUUUGAGCUCCCAAAUCUCCAGCAUGUUAUGACAUAUCCACCAGAAGAAAGUCCUACAAAACCAAAUCCUCCCAAAAACAAAGGAUUCGGUGGAGUAAAUAAAGCUUUAAAGAAAUCGUUGAGUAAAGGUUUUGGUAAGUUUACUAUGCCUAAGAAUAUAACAGGUAAGGAUAAGCAAGCCAAUACUUUGAAGCUGAGUGCUCAGAACUCCUCACCACUCCCAUUUUUUGCAAAGAACAAAACGAAGAUCAAUACUUUACAACAACAUGAAGUUUGCAAGAGCAAGACUUCCUCGCCACUUCCCUUCCUACGUAAAAAGAUAAUAGAUGGUGAACCAAGUUCAUCGAUCAAAUCUGGUGGAAGCAACUUUUCAGAACAGCUCAAUACACUGAAGAGGACUCUUCAGAUGCGACGUAGCAAUGGCCCUUCAGAGCCGAAGUUGACUGGUUUUGCAUCAGGAGAUGAAUUUCCAAAACCUCCUGCCACUCUUCCCGAAGGAGACGAUCUGUCUGUUAACAGUUUCACAAGCAUUGAUUCUUCUGCGUCUAAUGUAAAGGCCAAGUUAAAGAGAUCUAAAUUCACGGGAAAGCGUUUUUAUGCAAUGACAGACAAUAAUCCUAAAGACUUGAGACUUCCUCCCCCACCCAAAGUGAAGUCUCAAAGCCCUGUUAAAACUAUCAAAAGUAUACUUGGGAAACAUUCAAAGAGUACUUUAAACUUAAGUGAAUUAGAAAAAUCCAAUGUUACUGCACUUUCAAGAAGUUAUGAUGAUAUAUUAAAAGAAAAUAACUAUCCAACGCAGGAAGAAUUCAUGAUAGAUGUCAGGAUGUUAACUUUAAGUUUAGAUGACAUUGAGCCUGGAGAUUUUGAUGAUGAUGAAGAUUACUACCGUAAUUUCUUGAAUCGGCGCAGGACGCUGCGCACCGAACAGGAUGCUUUUAGCCUGGCCUCAAAAACUCAAGUUUCAAGAAAAAGCUCAUCGUCUUUGGUAUCACGAUCUGAUGUGUCAGGAGAAAAACAAAGUGCAGAGAGUGGUCCAUUGCCUAAUGAAGGGCCCAUUGUUUCAAGAGAGAGUGCUCUUGCUGAUAAUAAAGAUGACCAGAUAAUUAAACCUGCAAGCAGAAUUAAUAUAUACAAAAGAGGAUCUGUACAUGAUAUUGUUCUAAAGUAUGAAUCUCUUGAUCAGGUAAAGCCUCCACCAGUGUCCUCAGUAUGUCCUGAGAAGCCGCCUAUUCCUCCCAGACCAUUGCAGCUUACUAAAAGUUUGAGCACUAACACUGUCCCAGAGAACAAGGAGGCAUCAAAAAUUGCAAAUAAAGAUCGUUAUUCAGCAGAGGAAUCCACUUUCUUUAAAAGAGACUUAGCCUUUCUUAAUGGUGGUGAAUUUUCGACCUGGAAGACUGCUACACCUUGGACAAGAGACCUGGUUAAAAAGAAAGGAAAGCAACCUGUAGCCACACCUAGAUCCUCAGUGCCUGUAUCAGGCGAUACUGAACAAGUUGAAUUAGCAACACCAGAAAAGGAGAAAGAAAAACAGAAUGACGAAACUGCAUCAAACAACAGCAAGCUGGAAACGGUAGGCAGUCUAGAAGACCAUAGUAAAGAACUUGAUAUUCCGCACGUCAUAGUCACUUCAGAACUUGAGGAACUUUCAGAAGGCACACUUAUAAAUAAUGAAGAUGAAGAUAGAGGAAAGAUUGAUAGUCACUCAGUGAAUGUAGAAACUAAGAAAGCUGACAACUUAAAGGAUGCCCAGGAUGAGGAGAUUAAUGAUCACCACUCUGCAGAAAAGACAGCAAGUGGGAGUUCUAAUGAAGACCAAGGAUUUUUCACUUCCCUUCACCGAUUAGUGAUGAAGAAUCCCAGCUUAAGUUCCAAUGAAGAUCAACCUAGUCUUAAGCAGAGGCUCGUGAAAAGGCUGUCAAGUGUCAGUUCUUCAGAAGAGAGGGAUGCCAUCGAGCUGAUCAAAGGCAAGCUUUCGCCUCGUCCAUCAGAAAAGAAGAAAAAACCGCCUAAACGGCCACCACCUCCGAAGAUUCCCCUUGAGAAGCUUAACAGUUACAAUUGUCAAUACUUGAAGCCAGGCAACGUUGCAGUUCCUGAGACACCGCCUCCACCAAAGCCACCAAGGCUCUUUCAUAUCCUUACAGGUCACCGAAAAGCAGAAGUGAGUCCAAACAUGGACAUACACAACUAUCGACGCUUUUCACUGGUUGACAGUGACUUAGAGGUAAUUCGUUCAGGACGCUCUAGCAAGGAAAAUGCAGACGAAGUGAGCAAUCAAGAAUCAGUCACUGAUGGGGACUCUGGCGAUGAAACAUACACCAAAUACCCACUGGGUGAGACAACAGAUGAUGACGAGUCUUUAGGUGAUAUGAAUGCCUCUAAUGAUCAAGAUGAUGGAAUUCCACCCGAGUCUCCACAAGCAACAGACAGUGAUGAUCAAGAGCUUUCAGAAAAUGAAGAUUUGAACAAUUUGACUCCUGUACAAGAUAAAGGACAGGUCCCGAAAGAGCUUAUUAAACCAUUUCCUGUCUUUAAUCCUGCUCCUGCUGAGAACAUUGCAUCCCCACAAAGUGAAUAUGACAAUGUUGGCCAAGAACAGCAACUCUGGGGUUAUGACUCUGAGGCAAAGUGCAUUGAAGUUAUUCUGGGUCCAGGCAGUAGUGAAAGCGAAUUAGAAUUCAUACACAUGGAAUCCCAGAUAGAUAAACCGCCAGUACAACAGGCACUGGAAGAUGGAAAAGCUAAGUCUGUGAUAGCUGAUAGUCCAUUUUGUACACAGAAAGGUCUACCAGAUCAGUCAACUCCAGUCCUAAAUGGCAGGAAAGAGAGUUCCUGUAAUUCAUCUCCUUUGACUGAGCAAAAGCCUCGAGAGAAUUACAUACCAACUCCACCACCCAGAACUAUCAAACCUGCAUCUGCACCAACAUCACGUCCAACUUCUUCAAUGUCUACAUCUGAUCGACCACUCUUGGCUAUGUUUUUUGAAAAGCUUCUCGAAAGCCAAACUGUAGCGGGAGCUGCAGAAAAGUUGUCCAGAUCUGAUUAUGCACCGAAAACCACUCCUCGUAACACAGACAAAGAGAGAAGGGAAGACCCACAAUGUAAGUCAGAAAAGGAUUUGCUACAAGAAGUCAAAACUAAACGUAAAGGAAGCAACACAAGCGAAGGUCAGGGGGAGAUUGUAACUUCUCACGACUCUUUGCCUGUAAGUGGGACGCCUUCACCAUCCAUAGAUGGAUUAUGCAAAGACAAACUUAGUGUGGAAUCAAGCAAUAACUUAAGAGUUAUGUCUGAGACGCGUCACUGUGUUUCAGAGAAUGAGCUGAUAAAGACUUCGGGGCAGCUUUCCCCUUCUUCAUCAAAUGCCAGUGCCCCACCACGCGUGCGUCCCCGUGGUAAGCGACCAGCACUCUUGAGAAGCAAUGCCAUUAUGUCUUCCAGUGAGGAAGAUGAGGAAAUAGCCAAAAAUGCCUUGUCCGUUGUCAUUCCACACGGAUUUCGGGCUUCACCUCGUGGUAUAUUUGUGAGAAGAGCAUCUGAUUCUAUGCUCACAGGAAAGAAGGUAGACGCCGAGAUAGUAAGGAAGUUUUCUGUCGGCCAUCUCACAGAAACAGGAUACUCAGGAGAUUCGGAAGAUGAUGAUGAGACUCGUCCAACCUUGACGGACAAGGAACGAUGCCUCGUCAGGCGUAACUCAAGUCUGAACACUCAGCUCUCCAGGCUCCAGAUUCACGUCAAAAGUCUCAGCUCUGAGAACGAUAAUUUAAAAAACAAGAUGGAGCUGGAGAUGGAGCGCCCCUUGGAGAUCCGGGAGAAGGACCGUCAGCGACAGAGGGAGGUGCAGGUCCUCAAGAGGAAGAAUUCGGAGCUGGCCUCCAUCACUCGGAAGUUGGAGGAGAAAGUGAAGAAUCUGGAGAAGAAAACCAAAGAAUCGCCGGCGACGGAGCGCCGAAAUUUAAUCCUGGCCCGCCAGCGAGAGAAGGAGGCCCUCUACGAAAACCAGCUACGGGAAAGAGACAAGGAGAUACAGAGACUCAAAGUCCGCAUGAAAGAACUGGUGCGGAAGCUCACGGGAAAGAACGGAGAGAUCACUAGAGCCCAGAGCACCUUAGAACUCGAGCAGAUCAUAAGGACGGUAACCAAAGAGCGCUUGCAGUUGGAGAGACAUCUAGCGGCAGCCAGCGAGGGUCUGUGCCGCGGGGGGGGAUCGGGCGAGGGCGAAGCUCAGCGCUUGGCGGCGUUGGAGGACACCAACGCCACCCUUCGGCAGCAGCUGGAGGAUCUGGAAAUCCUCACGAGGCAGCACCACACCCUCCGGAGACACGUCCAGGAGAAGGACCUCGAGUGUGUCACCCUCAAGGAGAAGCUCAAGCUCAAGAACGAACUCUGCCAGGAUCUGGGCUCAGACUCCAGUCUUCAGUAUCAGGAGUGCCAAUUGGCUCGUGUAAUCGAGAAGAACACAGAGCUUACGAUACAAAAUUCGGAUUUACAGAAGCAGAUUCAGGAACUACAACAUGUGUCGGAGGAGUGCAAGACCCUGAAGCACACGUUGAACCAGGUGGAAUCCGACUGGUCUACGGCCAAGGUUCAGGUUGGGAGCUUACAGGGCAAAGUCGGCAACCUGGAGUCCGUACUUCGGCUUGAAGAUGUGUACGGGCUGGCUGACGGGCCGCGACCCAGGGGGGGCAGCUCCCUUGAAACCGUCCUGAUUCAAAUGAAAGAAGCUGCUGACAAGCGGCGGGAAUUGGAGAGACAACAUGCGGAGGCGCUGGCCCAGCUCCGAGAGCAGCAAGCAGCCAUUGCUGACUCGUCGAAGACCAAUCAGAAAGAUCGCAAGGCUUCUGUCGAAGUUACUGAGGCACUCCAGUCUAAGAUACGGGAACUUGAAAAGAAAGCCGAAGUCCAAAACCUUCGCCAUGAGGAGCUGCUGCUGGAAAUGCAGAGCCUGAAGAAGGCGCAGGGGUCCCCGAAGAAUUCGUGGUCGAGGUCCGGUUCCCUCAGUGCUGAUCUUCAGAGUCCAGAUUCCGGUGACGUCACACCUGAAUUCUAUGCAAUUCUAGCAGAUUCCAGUCAAAUUUUGUCCAAUGGUAGCACGGCCCGAUCGACUCCAGUGCCUGCCCCUGGGAUUGGCAUGAGUCUGCCCCACGGCCUGGACGCGAUAGGACUGGUCGAUCUGCCGGACUACCUCUUGGCCCACCACCACCACCAACAGCCCCCUUUGUCCACUUCACCUCUCGCUGGCCAAGCAGGUCAGAGAUGCUGUGAGGAACGUGUCCAUUGGUCUCUCCCUCACUCUUCCCUCUCCCCCUCAAGGAGGAUAUUUAAGAGUCUUACCUCCCUCAACUCCCUAUCGUCGGGUAUAUACACCAACACCACAUCCUCGAGUCUCGUCGCCCCAGGAUCCGUAGGACUCACGACAGGCUCCUCGUCGUUCCCUGUCUCGGGCACCGUCGAAAAUGCGUCGUCUGAGAUCGACCGGAUUAUGGCAAAGAUAGAGCAGGACAACAAGAUCCUCGCAGAAUUAGACAAAUCUCGUUCAACCAUAGGUCACGGAGGGCAUAGAUCAGGUCACCAGAGCCUUGGAUCAGGUCAUCAGAGCCAUGAAUCAGGUCACCAGGGCCUUAGCAAGGCGAGUCACUCUCAUGGGACACGCUCAUCCCAUCACCCCCCGGGUCGUCAUCAUCAGCAGCACCAGCAGCAGGGCGUACGAGGGCAGCAACACAGCUCUCGGACACGGGUGCUUCCCCAACACCCUUCACCACAUCAUCCUCGCCAACACCAAGUCGGCACCACAUCCAACUCCAUCUCCACUAUGUCCCGUAUCAAAAAUUUUCUGACUGUGCCGAAGCCUCACUUUGCUCGCUUCGGGGAGCAGAACAGACUAUCAUCUACUUCUACUGGAGCAAGUUCCUUCAAAACAACUGAUGUGAUCCCCUCCCUUAAUAUCAAUAGUCGAAACAUGGCUGGAAUGACUCCCACGACAUUUGUCAUGAGUUCAACUGGAAUGGGGGGACUGACAGGCCAUGCUAUUACCAACACUGUUCCUGCUAUGGAUCUCUCUAAUCCUAUCAUGAACCCUUUGGGUAAUACCAUGGGCAGUAACCCUUUAGGAACCCAUCCACUCGGCCUAAUGGAUCAUAACCUAUCUGACACGACGAGCCUUAACCUGGCCACAGGUGCUACUCACGGCAUGGGAGGAUUACCGUCUAUGAACUCUUUGACCGGGACAUCUUUGAUAGGGGGCACCAGCGGCAUGUCAGGGGUGACGAGCCUCCAUAGCACAAACCCUCUCGCCUUCAGUGGUGUGGGUGUAGCUGGAACUGGAACAGGACUAUUAGGAGGUGGGAUUAGCAACCCUGUGUUUACAAGUGUUACACCUCUACCUACCAUCAUUACUACAAGCUAUGACAAGGAUGAUAAGAAUCUUGUUAAUGGCAACAUCCCAGGAGUAAUGAUGCCACCUUUCGAAACUGAUAAUAGAAUUUUAGACGUCUUAGAAAUCCCAGGGAAGGGUCGAUGCCAUGUGUAUAUAGCCAGAUAUUCUUACGACCCUUUCCAACACUCUCCCAACGAGAAUCCUGAGGCGGAGCUGGCAGUGAACGCAGGGGACUACGUUUUAGUGUGGGGCGCCAUGGACGAGGUAGCCCCAAGAACCAUUGAUGGUUUUUUCGAUGGAGAACUGCUAGACGGACGAAGAGGGCUGGUCCCUUCCAACUUUGUAGAAAAGCUAGUUGGGGAAGACUUGAUAGAGUUCCACCAAUCUGUAGUCAUGGGCUUACGGGAUGGUGAUGAAUCCAUGUCAACCUCUGUUCCUCAGGAUUUGGACUUCAUAUCUCAAGAUGAAUCUCAGAUAAUGAUAGAUUCAGCAGCACCUGUAAAGUUUGUUAAAAACAUCUUCAAAGGUGUUCAAGGACUUUUUGGGCCAGGCGAUAAAAAUGGGGCACCUACAUUGGUGUCGACCGUGCUGGGGUCCACAGGGUCAGCCGCACAAGCACUCAUCCCUAAGGGUCCAGUGAUACCCCAGCCGGGACAGAUGAAGGGGAUGCUCAACCCCCUCAGCUCUUUCAACCCCACGGGACAACUUGCAAGCCUGUCGAAGCUAGCCCCAGGGCUGCAGAACCCUCCCCAGCACGGCGCCUCCAACCUUGGCGUAAACCAAACUCGUCACAACGCAUACUCAAGUUACAUAGACCUGGAAGAUAUAAUUGAGGAGGAAGAAGAAACGUUAGGAGAGCAUGAGAGACGACUCCUAGUUCAAGGCAAGCUGCUUGAUAGGCCUGAAAACCUCUUCUUCUCGGUGCUAGUACCACCACCGGUCCAGCUUACCCUCGAGCGGCAACUAAACAAGAGCAUCCUCAUUGGUUGGAAUCCACCCCCUGAAGCGCCACCUGAUUCAAUUGAAUCCUAUCAUGUUUAUGUUAAUGGCUUGUUGAAGACGACUGUUCGGGCCACAGAGAGAACGCGAGCUCUUGUCGAAGGUGUCGACUCCACCAAGCUUCAUCGUAUCAGUGUGCGCUCAGUGACGCCAAAUCGGCGAACUUCAAGAGAUGCCGCCUGCACUAUGGUCAUAGGGAAAGACUCUCCCCUUGGACCAACCAGUGUAAAAGCAACUUCCAUUACGUCGACAUCCGCUGUCAUUUCAUGGCUCCCUUCAAAUUCAAACUUCCAACACACAGUUUGUGUUAAUAAUGUUGAAGUGCGCACAGUCAAGCCUGGUGUUUACCGCCACACUAUAACAGGUUUGUCCCCCAACACAACAUACAGAGUGACUAUACGAGCCAAGAAUCUCAGAGCCCCACAGUUCGAUGAGAAGGCCAGCAAGAACCAAGAGAGGCUCUCGACCACCAUUGAAUUUCGAACCCUACCAAAGGAUGCUGCAGCAUAUAUUGAUCCGAAAGGUAAACCCAUGGGAUUACCGGAUCCACCCGUGGAUGUGCAAGUGGAACCUGGACCACAGGAUGGUUCUCUUUUGGUCACCUGGCUCCCUGUCACCAUCAACAGCACUGGAGGUACCUCAAACGGAGCUCCUGUCACUGGUUAUGCUGUUUAUGCCGAUGGCAAGAAGGUCACAGAAGUGGAGAGUCCUACUGGUGACCACGCCUUGAUAGACCUGACAAAGAUCCCAGGCUUCGAGCCAAAGCAAGUCACUGUACGUACCAAGAGCAGAGACAGCGUUUCAGCAGAUUCUGUACCCAGCCAAAUUCCAAACCAUUUCACCCGUGGUCGUGGCCGAGGCAAGUUUCAAGAUGAUGAUGAAAUUAUGCAGUCAGACAUGGACCGCCCUUCAGAACUGUCUGAUAUCGCUGAGGAGAGCGAGACAGAAUUGUCAGAUGAGGACAUGCAUGCCGAUGGCCAUAAGCCUGGCCCGCACCAUGGCCUGCCUGGCCCACAUGGCCCGCAGGGUAUCCACCACACCUCGGGGCCCGCAGGUCUACGGGAUAGACUCCUAGGCCGCAGGGGCGCUCCGCCGCCUGGCACCAUGACCGACCACCUUGGCCAGACCAUCUUGGACCAUGAGGACAACUUAAGCGACAAGGAGAUCUACCCAGGACAGCAGCCAGGGCAGCAGGGUCCUAAUGCCCCCAUCCCAGCAAUAGGCCCUGCAAGAAGUGGCUUUGCCAGACUGUCAAACUCUUUGUUCAGUACCCUAGGCCAGUUAAAAGGCAAAGGCGUCACCCGUGCAAGACAAAUAACCAAAGACUCAGCUAGUGAUGGUCUCACGUCAGCGGAGGUCUUUAGCGAAGAAGAUUACGAACAUGGCCCUGGUGGGCGUGGACGAUUCGACCCAAGGGCUCCUGCUCCACGAUCUCACAUGGAGCGUGGACGUCCUCCACCACCGCCCCAUCAAUGCAGACCCAUGGGUCGAGAACCAAGGGACAUGAGGGAUGGCAGAGAUCCUCGGGAUCCUCAUUACCGUGAUGGGCGUGAUCCCAGAGACCUCCCAAGAGAUAGGAGAGAUCCCCACAUGAGAGAACCACACAACCCAAGGGAUCCCAGAGACCCCAGGGACAUGAGGGAUAGGUAUGAUCCAGAUGGUAGGCACCGGGACUAUGGGCGCGAUUACCCUGGAGGAAGGGAAGGACGAGGCAGAGGUGGCGGGGGCGUCGGGGGCCCUAUGGACCAACAUACUAGAAUAUUUGUAGCGCUGUUUGAUUAUGACCCAUCUACGAUGAGUCCAAACCCUGAGGCCUGCGAGGAGGAACUUCCCUUUCGUGAAGGGCAACUCAUCAAGGUCUAUGGGGACAAGGAUCCGGAUGGCUUCUACUGGGGGGAAGCUGGUGGCCUUCGGGGUUACGUCCCGUGCAACAUGGUGUCAGAAGUACAGCCAUCGUGCACAAUGCUGGGUAACGGGGUUGAUGAUGAUCGUGUUGCACAAGAGCUUUUGAAAGAAUCUGAUACAGGGAGGAGGAGAAGAGAUGGCUCAGUUGGACGAAGAGGUCACCAAGCUGAUAGAUGGGGUGACAUUUACGCAAACAUGCCGGUACGCAAGAUGAUUGCGAUGUAUGAUUAUGACCCUCAGGAACUCUCUCCAAAUGUUGACUCAGAGGUUGAGCUGUCAUUCCAAACAGGUGAUAUUAUAUAUGUCUAUGGUGAUAUGGAUGAUGAUGGCUUCUACAUGGGAGAGCUUCGGAACCAGAGGGGACUUGUACCUUCCAAUUUCCUGCAAGAUGCUCCUCAAGACUAUUCUGAUGAUCACAGGUCUAGGCGUGACACUUUAGACCCACGAGACAGAGGUCCCCCGGGCCAGUCUGGUCGAGGCACGGGACCAGGUGCUCAUGGACCCCCUCCCCCACCACGUCCGGACCAGAGAGACCGUAGGAAAGUUUUCAUUCCUGGUCUGGCACCUGUCAAUGCCUCAUCUUCCGUAACAACCACAACACUCACAACAUCAAAUCCCCCUACAACUGACAAAGUCAAAACAGUCACAGAUGUAAGAUUGAAUAUGAAAAAUCGUACAGAAUCAAUGAUGGGUUUCUUCAACAAUAUUUUCAGUGGCAUGUCAUAUAGCACUGCUGCUACCACCACAUCAAGUUCAACCACUGCAACAACAGUGACUUCUAAUGUCCCCACAGCCACUGACACCACUAAUACCACUUCCUCUAUAACCUCUACUUCUGCUGCCACUAAAUCCCCUGCUGUCUCAGCCUCCACAGAGACAGAGAAUUUUGGUAAUAGUAAAGAUGAUAAAAAUGCAAAACCAGAAACUGUGAUGGGUUUCUUUGGGAAUUUCAUUUCAAAUAAAGUAGCUCAAGUGGUUGGGGUAGUACAGCCACCAACGCAGGCUGGCAAUGCGGAGGCUGACCCUGAAGUGCCUCAAGCAACGGAAAAUAAUGAGAAAAAUAAGAGCGAAAGCAAAAAAGUUGCUAAAGAUAGUGAAAGCACACCGAAAGGUUUUUUUGGGAGUUUCAUGUCUAGCAAGGUAACCCAGGCUGUUGGGAUGUUGGCACCAACAGCAGCACAGGCUGGUGAUAAUUCCUCUGCAGAACAGAAGGGCCCAGCGGAGGCAGAAAUGGAUAAUAACCACAAUAAAAAUGCCAACAAAAAGGAUGCUAACGUCGGUGAAGGUUCUCAGAAGGGUUUUUUUGGCAGUUUCUUAUCUAGUAAAGUGUCUCAAGCAGCUGAUCUGUCAAAGCAAGCUGCUCAGGCUGUUGGAGUGGUGCCACAGCCUUCACCCCAGACUGAAGACAAUACUGAAAAUUCCAGUCUUUCAGAAACUAAACCCAAUGUAACUACAAAUGCUAAAGAAAGAAAAGAACCAGUUGAAAGUGUUGGAGACAAGGCAAAAGACGCUGAGCCUGAACUUGGUGACAGUAAAAAGAUAGAAAGUGUAAAAGAUGAGAGUCACAUAGAGACUGAAAGUCAGUCACAUAACAAAGAACCUCCAAAGUUGCAGUCCAAAGAACUUCCAAAUAACAGUAACACACAAAAUCAGCAGUCAACUGAUAACAAAGAUUCACAAGAGACACAAAAAGAACCACCAAAGGGAUUUUUUAGCAAUUUCAUGAGUGCCACAAAGGCAUCGUUCACUAGAGCUGCAACAAUUGUUAAGGAUGGUACCACAAAAUCAUCUGAUGCACACGCUGGAGAUGAUAAUGAAAACUCGAAAACAGAGGAUAUGAGGGGGGGCCAGGGGGACCCCCACCUAGACCACGGCAACAUCAGCGCGGCGGAGAGAGGUGGUAGAUCCAUUUCCAGGGACAGGCUGUCAUCUGCUGCUAACACAAAAGCAAAUGCCACUGCUGCAGGUAACACAAACACAACUGCUGCUACCACCAGUACAACAGCUUCCAAUGCGGCUGCAAAAGGCAAGCUCAACGGUCUUGAUCUGUUAGAUGAGGAAGUAGAUAAUGGACCUGCCAUUUCAUCUGCUGAUCUGGACCAACUCAUGGAAGACUUCGAUUUGAAUGAUCCGGCUCUUCAAGAAGAGGAAGCUGCAAAGGCAGCCGAGGCUGCGAAAGCAGCGGAAGCAGCCAAAGAGGCUGCUGCGAAAGCAGAGGAGAAGCCUACUGGGUUAGCCGGUGCGCUGCCCGGCGGGUUGCCAGGCGGCUUGGGAGCAGGUUUGUCGAGCAUUCCUAACCCUAUGGGCGAAGGAAAUAUUAUGGGAAAACUGGGUGACUUGGCCACUCAGAAUCCUGUCACAGAUGUGAUGUCAAAAGGGAAAGAUUUCCUCUUCAAGAAAUUCGGGCUAUGAGAUCCAGCAGUAUUUAGUAUUUUAAUAAUUUUUGUGUAAUGUGAACUGUUCCAUUUCCACUGUCCAUGGUAUGACUGAAGUCAAAUGGUAGCCAGCGUAUAGGAUACCACAGGAUAAGAAAAGUGUCCAUUUUCAAAGUGCCGAAAAUAAUGUCUUAAUAUGUCUGUAUUCCCUAUCUAGACAAACUUAUCCUUCAUUUUGUAUUGUAUCACAUUAUCAUAUGAUUCACUAUUUUAUAUCCCUUUUUGAUGAUGAAGCUGUACAGUGUAUCAUGACCAAAUUUGUACUGCUCUCAAUAGUUAUCAAAAUAAAUGACUUUGAAAAGAGCUUUAUGCAUGUGCAAUUGCGAGUCUCACUGUCGAGCUCAACUUUAUAUAAGUAACCUAUUGUUCUAUGAUUUUAGAAAUCAUAAGCAGUAAUGGCAAAUGGUGCAGCAAGGAGGCUAAGAAGAUAUUUACAUUCCUCCUCAAGUUAUGCCUUUUUUUUUUCAGUGGUUUGAAUCUUUCCUGAAACUUCAUAGUGAAAGUGUUGUGUAUGUCUAGUCAGUUGGUGAGACAGUAUCAAGUUGGACCUAACAGUUUCCCCAAAACCACAAAGCACAGCAGUUCAUUCCCUACCAAAGAAAAUCCAUUUUUCCUCAAUUUAUUACCCUUGCUACACUACAUUAUCGAUUCAUACUGAUGCUAUACACAAGUACGAUGUUGUUACCAGAGCUUGUAUUCAGUUACAAAGUUCCCCAAACCUCCACUGGAAUGCAUAUAUUGUGCUCCGUAAAUUUGAUGUUAAAACAACCUAAGAUCUUACGAUAUACAUAUAGUCAUGUUAGGGUUUCAAUAUAGUGACAUUUUCCCCUUGUUGAAUAAAAAUUAAAAAGUGAUAAUUUAUAAAUUUCAGAUACAUAGUUAACUCAUAGUCUAUCAUGAUGCGCACUUUUCAUUGUGAUGGCAGUUUAAGUGGAGAAACAAAAACGCUGUUUUAUCGUAUAUCCCGUGUUCCAUAAAAAUAUGAUAACAUAUAUUUGACAUGUUGAAUCACUUUAGGGAUGUUGUAACUGAAGCUCUUUUGUGCUUGUAUCUUGAAAACUAAAUCUGAAUGACAUUUCUCUUACUGAUCCUGAAGUCCUACAUUUCUCUUGCUGAUCCUAAAGUCCUAAAGACUUGUUGAAAUAGUUCUCUCAAACUACUAAUUUCAACAUCCAAACUGUCAAUUAUAGGUGUGAACAUUCAGUAUGCUGUACACAGACAUCUCUUAUUUUUUACACUCUACACUUAUUUUUUUCCUUCCUUGGCAGGGAUCAGAAUCAGUGUACCCUCAUUCCUUAUUCAGAAAAAAGCACUUCACCAAUUCCUGUGUAAGUAGCAGAAUUGCUCUCAAAUUCUUGAUAAGCAGUGUAGCACUGACAGUAUACUGUGUCCAGUCAAUCAUAUUUUGUGUAGCACUCCAUACAUUUUUCCUUUUAGUACUGUACUGAUUAUGAAUCAAAUUGCUAUCCAGUCUGUCAUUCAAAACAGGAACCUUAAAAGUGCAGUGUUACAAGUUCUGGCCCUGUUGCAUGGUGUCGCUUCUGUCGCAUGGAUUUCCUAACAUUAUUGUCUCAUCAGGAAGUGUCAAGCCUAACACUAUACAUGUGGUUCUUGCAACUGUGAUUUGAUUAACACUAACAGACUGCUAUCUGUAUCUUAUCUAUAAGAGGUCCAUUAUUUCUAAGAAGAAGAGUGGACAAGUUGCAGAAAAGUAAUUUUAAAACAAUUGAUAAAGUUAUGAUUUUAAUAGUCACUGUGUUGCCUGAAGAAACUAUUGGACUAAAAUUGUAUUCUAGUGAUAGGGAAGACUAUUUGCAAUACAUUUCAGAUAUUUAGAAGAAAAGGAACUUAACUUUUUCCAUGAAAAUGAUACAUAAAAGACGUUUGGCAGUAAAUUGGUUGCGAAUUACAAAAUGCUCACAACAUGAUUUGCCUGUCAAGCCUCUAAUUACCAAAGCUGUUGAAUUUGUAUUGCAAAUAAGCUUCUAAAAAUUAAAUCACUGGAAUCCGCCUUCAUGUAUGGACUGAGAACAUAUCGAUUAUGCUGCGAUUUUGACUGUUGUAAGCUGAACCCAACAUGUGAUGGGUUCAUCAUAAUAAAAGUCUGUAGCCCACUCCUCCUCCUCUCCACAAUUUAGUAGAUAUUGUUAUAGAACAACCCAAUUAUGUGUUCAACUUCGCCUUUCCCUUGUUGUCAAGGAAACGGGUAAUUGAAUGAAUUUGUGUGCUUAGUGUUUCUGGACUACAGUUUGCUGGAGAGGAGCGUGUUUGUAUGCAUGUGAGUGUACUUGACUAUUGGCGAAAUGUAAUAAGGAAAAUUUCUUGCCGUAAGAUAGUGACAAAUAGCUUAGUUGUUAUCCACAAAACUUCUAAAACGCACUAAACAGACUUCAACACGUUUUACACGUCAAUGGAGUAAAAAACAUACAUGUGACAUAGCACUAGGUUUGUACUGUAGAAAAACUGUUUUAUGUAUGUACCUCAAUUACAACUCUGUAUUGCAGUGUUAUACAGUUCCAACGAGAAGCUAACACGUCACACUUGAGGAAAAUCGAUUUGUUAGCCUGAAUAGAUAUACUAUAUGAACUCAUCGUACAAACUCUCCAAGUCACAUAGGAAUCCAAGUUCAAGCUUUGGAUCAUCCAGACUAUACUUCUUCCAAGUCCUUUGGUUUUGGGGGGGGAGUGAGCAACAAACUGCUUCUUUGCCCAUGUCCUGUUGGAGCGCGUGUGUAUCAUACUUUACUCAAGGAUCUUAGGUUUUUAAAGCAAUGGAGUGUUUUUUAUUUUUUUUUUUACUCUUUGAUCAUUGAUCUGAAGUUAAAUCUUUUACUAAAAAAUAUAUCAAAUACUGUGUAAAUACAAUUCUGAAUUAUUUUAUAAAGACUGAAGUGAUAUGAGCUUAUUUAUACAGACUAAAAAUUGUAAUUAAGGAUAAUUCAAGUUGUUUAAAUAUUACAUGUAUAUGGUUUUGCCAUGGAAACAGAACUUGUAACGCAUUCUCGUUUUUAGUAACUCCAAGUCUUUCACAACCUGAUUUCCUUGCUUAAACCUAGUCGUGUGGACACUUUCUCCUAUGCCUUACAAUGGAUGGUUGGUACUCUAGUGCCAAGGACCUAGCAGGAGGUGAUUUAUCAAAGACUUAUAAAACAUAUAAAUACAGCACCGAUGUUCAGAUCUGAAAAGAGAUAUUUGGAGAUAUUGGUUGCAGUCAUCAUAAAAAUGCUCCAAACAGAGCAUUUUUAAUUUUGGUAGUGGAAUACAUAAUAUGACGGGUGAGGAAUUUUAUAAGAUAGGUACAGCUAGAAGGUUAAACUUAAUUUAAGAAUACCUUUUUAUGAAUCUGAGUUGAACAUCCGUACGAAUCACUCCUGAUUGGUCAAGUCUUUGUACAUCCUUCCAUUCUUCACUUCUAUGGGACUUGGGGUAAAGACUCCUGAAGGCUGAGACUUCCAAAGACAGUCCUUACCCUUGGUCCUCUUCUCUUUAUCUAUAAUGUUACUUGUACAAUACGCAUUUCAAAUUAUUGUAUUAUAAUGUACAUAUCCUGGCACAACUGUUACAGUAAACUAUCCUAUGAA